AUACACAUUUACUGUAUUAAUCAUCACGUUGUUAACAUGUAAUACCAGACAGCUACUCAUUCACUGACAGCAUAAGUCCGAGUAGUUAAAUUUGAACUCUGUCGUAUUAUAUUUAACUAUUCAUUGAGCUGCAGUCGGAGACAAAUGAAGACAAACUAAUUUCAUGGCGUGUUGACUGUAGUUCACACCGCCGAGCCCUAGGCGCCGCUGUUUGAAUCCUGUAGCUCCGCAGAAGGCGCUCUGAAGUCUUUACCGACACAAAACAAAGAGCAGACUGGUCAAGCGCUGACCCGACUGAAUCGCCAGCUUUACUUUCAAUCAUGGGCAAAAAGCACAAGAAACACAAAUCAGAGAAGCACACACACGACGGACGUCCACUGAAGCUGGUGUUGAAAGUGGCUGGGAAUGAGGUCACCACAGGCAGCCCUAGCCUCGAGAGCGUUUACGACGACUCUGUAGAUUACGACAAACACAAAGACAAGAAAAAGAAGAAGAAAAAGAAGGACGAGAAGGACAGAGCCAGUCCUCCAGUGUCACCGGUUGACAAAAAGAAAAAGAUCACCAAAAAAAGGAAGGUCCCAGACUCUGUGCAUCCAGACUGGGAUGAGCAGAGCAGAACUCCUGCUCGCUCCGAUGUUUCCCAGGACAAGCCCCUCACCCCCUCACUCGCCAGAAUGGAAGAAAAAGAGCAGACGCCUCUACAGGAAGCUCUGAGUCAGCUCAUCCGGCAACUCCAGAGGAAGGACCCAAGUGCAUUCUUCUCAUUUCCUGUGACAGACCUGAUUGCUCCAGGGUACUCUCUCAUUAUAAAGAGACCCAUGGACUUCAGCACUAUGAAGGAGAAAGUGAAGAAGGAGCAAUUCCAGUCACUUGAGGAGCUCAAGCUGGAUUUCAAAGUGAUGUGUGAGAAUGCUAUGAUCUACAACAAACCAGAGACGAUUUACUACAAAGCUGCAAAGAAACUCCUGCACUCUGGAAUGAAGAUCUUGAGCACGGAGAGACUGGACAGUUUAAAACAGAGCAUAGAGUUCAUGGCUGGCCUGCAGACAUCCAGCAGUCAUUCAGCAGAGGAUGGAGAGGAUGAGGGCGGGACAUCAGACGCUGCCAAAGAGAACUCAUCUGUUAUGGACACAAGUGACAACUCCCAGUCACCCCGUGUCGGGAAUAAAGAUACGCCAAGCAGGGACAGUAAAGAUGAUGCUAAGAGCCAAGCAGAGAAAGACCUGGAGGAGAUCAAAAAGAUCGUUGAGGAUUCUGGAGGGAAACUCUCAAACAGAAGCCUGCAGUGUGAGCUGGAGUUUGAGAGGAGGAAGUCUGAUGGUUUAACUACUCUGGGCAUUCUGAACCCCGCCGACCUGAGCGCUGGAGAUCCAGGAUACUGCCCAGUCAAAUUGGGCAUGAUGGGAGGUAGACUGCAGACUGGAAUCAACACCCUUCAGGGUUUCAAAGAGGACAAGAGAAACAUGGUCACUCCAGUUUCCUAUAUGAAUUACUGCCCAUUCAGCUCAUAUGCACCUACAUAUGACUCCAGUUUUGCCAAUAUCAGCAAAGAGGACUCUGAUCUCAUUUACUCCUUCUAUGGAGAGGACAACAGUCAGCCAGAAUCUGAAAGCAUUGCAGAUUACCUGGCCAAAUCUGAGGAACACAUGAGCAGGUUGGCAGAUAAUGUCUUGGACGCUUUGACAAGUGGGGAGCACUCAAGACAGCUGAAAGAGACAGAAACUGAUAAUCUGCCCAUGGAGGAGCCUGCAGAGAAAGUAGACACAACAGAUGAUGCUGAGGUUGUUGUGUCAGAGUCCAGCAGUGGUGAAAGUGUGACGGCUCUUGGUUCUCUGGGUUUGAAUCCUGACCUGCUUCCUGAGAACUUCGACUCAGAAGAAGCAGAGCAUUUCCAGCAGAAGCUGGAUGAGACGACAGUGUUGCUGAGGGAGCUGCAGAAGGUUCAGAAAGAGAGACUGAGCGCUAAACAGCCACCAAACAUCAUCUGCCUACUGUCUCCUACUGCUAAAGAGCUGCAGCUUGCGGAGAAAGUUACGGGUAACCUGGCCCAGCUGACCAGUCAGGUGACCCCUGGUGACGUGUGCAGUUUGUACGGUAUCAGAAAGGCCAUGGGGAUCUCGCUACCUAACCAUACUGCACAGGAUUCGUUCAUACACCUGACCACAGUGGGAGAUAUAACUGAACCCAUGGAGGGAGUGUGUUGAGAUCCUCCAUCACUGCAGUCUAUCAGUUCUGCUUCUUCCCUGUCAUCCCUCAAUGGUGCUGUUUCUAAUUUACUUUUCUGUUUCAUUAAAUAAGCAUCUUUUUUAA